GCGCAGGGCCACAUCGCGCCUUCUCGCUGCCUCCACCCGCUCCAUUCAUCGCGUCGCUCGUCUCCCCUCCACCGAGCUCUCCAUGGACCCCAACUGCGCCUGCGCCGCUGGCGGCUCGUGCACCUGCGCUGGCUCCUGCAAGUGCAAAGAGUGCAAAUGCACCUCCUGCAAGAAGAGCUGCUGCUCCUGCUGCCCGGUGGGCUGUGCCAAGUGUGCCCAGGGCUGUGUGUGCAAAGGAGCAACUGAGAAGUGCAGCUGCUGUGCCUGAUGUGGGGGUGCCCUGCUCACACGUGUAAAUAGUUGGUUAUGUUUUUCAUUCAACUCUUAGCCUAUUUAUCACAGUCCUUUUUCUAUUAUGUUACUGCAUCAUAAUAAAAGCCAUUGACUUGA